UCUUGUCUGGCCCGUCCCCGGGCGCGGUAAAAGCGUUUGAAUCCAGCCGGGUGGCCGCAGCGACAUCCUCAACCCUCACAAUCCUGACCGGCCUCAGCCGCCUCCUCUUUCUUUUACAUCCCUGACUCUCCCGAAUCACAAGAGUGGAAACGGAGAAGCUCAAGCCGCCGCCAUGUCCGAGGCUUAUUUCCGGGUGGAGUCGGGUGCGCUGGGGCCUGAGGAGAACUUUCUUUCCUUGGACGACAUCCUGAUGUCCCACGAGAAGCUCCCGGUGCGCACAGAGAUGCCUAUGCCGCGCCUCGGCACUUUCUUCCUAGACCGGAGCGGAGGGUCCGAGGCUGACAACGCAAUCCCUCAGGGCUCAAAGCUUGAACUCCCCUUGUGGCUGGCAAAAGGACUUUUUGACAACAAGCGCCGGAUCCUUUCUGUGGAACUUCCCAAGAUCUACCAGGAGGGUUGGAGGACCGUGUUCAGUGCAGAUGCCAACGUGGUGGACCUCCACAAAAUGGGGCCACAUUUCUACGGGUUCGGCUCCCAACUCCUACAUUUUGACAGUCCAGAGAACACAGACAUCUCCCAGUCUCUCCUGCAGACGUUUGUUGGACGUUUCCGCCGCAUCAUGGACUCCUCCCAGAAUGCUUACAACGAAGACACUUCGGCGCUGGUAGCCAGGCUAGAUGAGAUGGAGAGAGGCUUAUUUCAAACAGGGCAGAAAGGACUGAAUGACUUUCAGUAUUGGGAGAAGGGUCAGGCCUCUCAGAUCACAGCUUCCAACCUGGUUCAGAACUACACGAAGAGAAAAUUCACUGACAUGGAAGACUGA